GUCGCCUCAGGGUCACGGCCACCUGCUACAUAGCAAUAGCACAGGCAGGCACCACCGACCGCGCUGCCCAGCAGCACAGAUGUAUAGGCUACGGAUUUCUGCGCUGGCCCUCGUUGCUCAGCUGGGAAUGGGCGAGGAAGGACCCGGCCCAGACGUGUCCCCUAAGACGAUGAUCGGCCAAGACUACCUCGCCGCGACAUGCUUGAUUUUCGCCAUCGUCGGGCUGUCCGGUCUACAGUCAACGGACGGUCCCGGCGGCGGUGCAAGCCUACGCCGGCGGUCACCCAAAUCUACUCAUGUAGACGAGACUCUUGAAACCACCGCAAUCGGGGCCUCUGAUGACUCCCACGCCCAACUAGACAAGGUUGCGUCCCACAAUGGCCGCACGAGCGGCAUCGCCCAAGUGGAUUCCGAGCUCGGUGUACCGGAUGGGCGAUCGACGGUUCCCUCCUUGCUGGCGCCGACCCGUCGAAGCGUGUCGGGCGGAAAGAGCGUGGCCAACGGGACGAGUUCAAGUAGACCUUCGAAGCUCCUCUUCGUGCUCAAUUUCUUCCUCUGGAUAGGUCUGGCGGUGACCUUCAGCGCGUACAGCAAGCGAUACCUGCGGGAUACGCACGACCCCAUCGGCCUGCUGGUGCUGCAGGGUGUGACGGGCGUCGUGGUUCUGUGCUCUCUUGGACGACCAUCGGGCAGCUCGGCAGGCCUGCGGGGCAUUGCGGAGCAGGUGGUGGCAGCAAGCAGGCGGUCCGGGAUAGCGGCGGUUCUCCAUACCGGCCAAGCCGUACUAACUAACUUUUCCGUGUUCGUCGGCGGGGUUGCUGCGACGAACGCGCUCAAGGCCAUGGAGCCGGUGGCUGCGGCGGCCUUCUCGUACUUCUUGCUCGGCAAGAGCGUUCCCCUCACCAAGAUGGCCUCCUUCGCUCUCAUCGUUGGAGGGAUACUGCUGCUGACGUCCAAGAGCAACGGCGGGAAGAGCCGCCAAGGGGAAGGACACGGAGCCACGUCCGGGGGGGGAGGGGCGGCCAGUCCUAUUAUCGUGUCCGCUAUCUUCACGGUGGCGGCCGUCUGUUUCAACGCCCUCCGGAACGUGGUUAUUAAGGGUAGGGACCCGAUCCCGCCUCACCAGACCCUGCUCGCCUGCAGUUCGGCCGCGGCGGCCGUGGGCGUCACGGUGAUGGUGCUCAGGUUCAUGAUGAGGAGCAUGGAUGACCUCCUUUUGGGACCGGAAGAGUUGGUGCAAGUGACGACGGGGGUAGUAGGAGAAGCGGCACGGUCAGCUGGUGGCGCGGCUGUUACUGCUGUUGACCGACGGCACCAGUACAGCAGCUGGCUGAGCAUGGACGGCGUCAACGCGGCCCUCUGCUUCGUCGGCUACAAUUUCGCGUCGUUCAACCUCCUCGCCAGCCUCAGUCCCGUGGGGCACGCAGUGGGUAAUUCGGUGAAGAGGGUGGUGAUGUUCGGGAGUGGGAUUUUAUUCCUGGGAGAGGUCAUGACCGGACGGCAGCUCGGCGGCACAGCCAUCGCCCUGUCCGGGGUUGUGGUGUACAAUAUUGCGGGUACGCGCAAAUAGGUAAAACAGUCAGCACGGGCCCACUUGCAAAUGUCAGUGUUUUCAUCGAAGUGCCCAGCGCGGAAUUGCGAGGGAGUGGUUUCAGCACGAAGAAGUCUACUGCGUGUUGGACUAGAACAGUUGAAAGACUGUGUUGAUUGAAAGAUAUCUGCCGGGCAACCAUGGGCAACAGUUCGAGCUGGGGGGUCCAUCCUGGCGCCAACGCCGCCUUGCUUCUUAGCGAUUGUUGUUUAGGUCAGACGUCGUGGGCUCCAGAGCCACCAAACCGACGAAGUGAGUCUGAUAGCCGCCGUCGAAGCACUGCUGUGUUGGUGGAUGUCCUCGCUGCUGCCGCCGUUGCUGCAACGCCUAAACGCUGCGAUGGCGGCGAAGUAUCCCAAACGCUCCGGUAAGAAGUUUUCAUCUGUUUGGAGUGAUCGAGUGAACGGGUGGUGCGUGUUGGGUACGUGAGUCUUUCAUGUUGGGGCUCAAGGUCAUCUUUGGCAGGGUCCUGUAUAAGCAUCUUUUCUCGACACUGAGUGUGGGUUGGUUCGUGCGGUGUCCAGAAUAGCGUUGUUGUUGUUGUUGUCUUGACUUUGUUCGUUCCAUUCUCUCUACCCAGUACCUUCUCUGUCCGUACUAGUCAAUCUUUAACGCGGUCGAUUCCCGU